AGAAUUUCAAGUGAGGUUGCUAUUUUCUGGCAUGAAGAUCAUUAUGUGUCUUCCCAGCCAUGCGUAUAAAAUAUUUGUUCAUGCUUAUGGCUAAACCCAAGCACUUGUGAAGAAACAUGUUCAAAGAGAAGAAGACAUCCUUCUAUGAAGCAGUCUAAUUGUUUAAAACUUUCAUUUAUAUAUAUGUGUGUAUAUAUAAAUGUUUUUUAUAGAUUUCAGCCUACCAAAUUAAUGAACUUUCAUUUCACCUAUUCAAACUAAUACAUAUAUAUUAUAUGUUGUAUAUCAUAUGAGAAUUUAUUAUAACAUAUAUUGUGCAGAUUAUUCUUAUAACACAUAAGUAAAAAUAAUAAGUAUAAUUAUCUAAAAUUUAAUCAAAAUAAUCAUACGUGAUAUUCAGUUUUAAACCUAUUUCGAAUACAAUACUAUUAUGAGCUCAUAUCAAAUCAAUAAUUUACUCAAUUAUAAAUCAUUUGACUGCUAUGUAUAUGCAAAAACAAUAGUUUAUAGAUGAUUAAAUAACCUGAACAUUUUUUUUCCUAUUGCAAAAGUAUACCCUUGAUCGAAGAUUAAAAUAUAUGGUGCAAAAUUUUGAAAUUUACUUUCAAAAUAACUAAAAAUAAGUUUACAUAUUUGAAUUCACUAAUUCCUAUUGAAACUUACUUUUAAAACAAAACUAACUUCAACAUAAUACAAGCAAUAAAUUUGAUUUAGAUAUUUAUUUACUAUAAAACGAGAAUAUCAUGUUCGUAGAUGUUAUAAUAAUAGUUAAACGUUAAUUAUACUAAUACAGUCCCUUAGAAUAGGGUUUGAAGUUUUGUAUUCGACAAUUCAUAUUUUGCUUAGGAAACAAAGAUUGGUGCAUUUAUGAGUAGUAUACAUUGCAUUAACGUAACCUGAAUCAGAACCUCGUUAAGAAAUCUUGUCAAUCGAAUUGCACAAUAGAUGGUACGGAGUCUUAGAUCCGAUUAAAAAAUUACAAUAUUAACUAUAGCUAAGAAGCAUAUAUUCUGAAGCUUAUAUGUACAGGUAUAUAUCUUGUGGAGCUCUGUAUGCGUAUUAUACACAUAUAAGAGAAUUAUGAUGAGCAUGCCGUAGAACUCCAUUAAUUAUCUAUUUGUUUAUUAAGGGAUAUAUUAUUUUUUAUUAGAAAACAAGACAGCGUGAGGUGGAGAACAUGCAUGCAAGAUCAAAUUGAAGUCAUAUAUAUUUACGUAACAAGUUUACUUGAAACCCAUGCAAGUCCCAUGCACUCAAACCCUUCUAUAUAAACCCCUCCAAGUUCAUCAUCCAGUCAUAAUCAAAUUAGCCAUUACACAAACUACAAAGUCUCUCAACCAUGGCAAUUCCAAAAGCUCACUACUCUCUAGCCAUCCUUGUCAUUCUCUUUGUCGUUUCAAAUAGCCAAAAUGCCUGCAAUCCAGAAUGCAAGGCUAAAGAACCCUUCAACUGCGAUAAUUCUCUUACCUUCAACCGAACUGGAUUUCCAAAGAACUUUACUUUCGGUGCGGCUACUUCCGCCUACCAGAUCGAGGGUGCUGCACAUAGAGCCCUUAAUGGAUGGGACUACUACACUCAUAGAUAUCCAGAAAGGGUUCCAGAUCGCAGCUCCGGAGACGUUGCUUGUGAUUCCUAUGACCUUUACAAGGAGGAUGUCAAGUUACUGAAAAGAUUGAAAGUUCAAGCAUACCGACUCUCCAUAGCCUGGUCAAGGGUCUUACCAAAGGGAAGACUGACUGGAGGAGUGGACGAGAACGGGAUAACAUACUACAACAAUCUCAUUAACGAGUUAAAAGCUAAUGGCAUAGAGCCAUUUGUGACUAUAUUUCAUUGGGAUGUUCCCCAAACUCUAGAAGACGAGUACGGAGGCUUCUUAAGCCCACGUAUAGUAGAGGACUUCAAGAACUAUGCGGAGCUUCUAUUCCAAAGAUUCGGAGACAGAGUCAAGUUUUGGAUCACUCUAAACCAGCCUUACUCUCUCUCAUCCAAAGGUUAUGGAGAUGGAUCAUAUCCACCGGGAAGGUGCACUGGCUGUGAAUUUGGAGGUGAUUCAGGAACCGAACCUUAUAUAGUCACGCAUCACCAACUUCUAGCCCAUGCAGAAGCGGUAUCUCUAUACCGAAAAAGAUAUCAGAAAUUUCAAGGUGGUAAGAUAGGAACGACCUUGAUCGGGAGAUGGUUUGCCCCGCUAAACGAAACUAGCGAUCUAGACCAGGCUGCUGCAAAACGAGCAUUCCAAUUCUUCGUUGGAUGGUUCUUGGAUCCAUUGGUGUACGGAGAAUAUCCAAGGAUAAUGAGAGAACUCGUUGGAGACAGAUUGCCAAAAUUCACACCUCAAGAAUCAGAUUUAGUUAAAGGAUCACUUGAUUUUCUAGGGCUGAACUAUUAUGUUACACAAUAUGCAAGCGACGCACCUCCUCCUCCUCAGACACAGCCUAGCGUCUUAACCGAUCCACGAGUUACUCUUGGAUAUUAUCGCAAUGGAGUACCUAUCGGUGUUGAGUCUCCAAGCUUUGUCUACUAUCCUCCAGGGUUCCGUCAGAUUCUAAAUCAUAUCAAAGACAACUACCAAAACCCACUUACCUACAUCACCGAAAACGGAGUUGCUGAUUAUGGAAACUUAACGGUAGCAAAUGCUCUUGCCGAUAACGGACGAAUUCAAAAUCAUUGCAGCCAUCUUUCAUGUCUCAAAUGCUCCAUCGAGGAUGGUUGCAACGUAGCAGGUUAUUUUGCUUGGUCAUUGAUGGACAAUUAUGAAUUUGGAAAUGGUUACACUCUCCGGUUUGGUAUGAAUUGGGUCAAUUUCACUAAUCCUGCUGAUCGAAGACAAAAAGAUUCUGGGAAAUGGUAUUCUAGGUUCGUCGCAAAAUAAGGGGAAUUGAUAGACAAAAAUCAACCCAUAUGUAUUCAACCUUUAAUCCAUUAAGUACUGGACAAUAUAAAUUAUUUUCUUCAACUUAUAAAAGCUUAUGUGCUGUGUGUUGUUAAUAAUGUUGUAAUAAUUGGACCUUAACUCUUGGCCAAAUCAUAAAUAAAUAAAAACAUUUAUACGACGUGCUUUGUAUUUAUAGCUUGUACUUUGUUUUAUUUACCUUUCCCAAGCAUAACAUCUCACAUGCUCUCUUUUUGUUUUGGUAAAAACUACGAGAUGCUCUUAUUUGAUCAUUACAACAUUUUUUAACAAAAUAGCCAAACCAAAGAUAUAAUAUCUAACUUAAGCGCCAAAUCAUAUUAUUUUGUGUUGUUUUACUCCUCUCAUUUAUUUUCAGCUUUUAGAAAAUAUUAUUUUACCCGACCACAGAAACGUCACACAUAGCUUCUCCAUUAUUUCCAGACAUGAAAUAUGGAGGUGAAAAUAGUGUACCAAAAGUUUGUCAUGCUAGUAAUAUUAAUUGAUUGUAUAAGCUGCAUCCGUCCCGAAAUACUAAUGAUGUUAGGGGUUUUCAAGCUCCUAAGACAAAUGUUGUAGUAUAGUGAUUGUCGAACCAGUUCUGAGGGAUAUCAAAGCACUGAGAAUGCAAG